AUGUCUUUACCGAUUGAAGAAAGCGUGCGGCGUAACAGCGAAAGUGAGGGCGGCGAAGUGGAGACAUCUGAUCAUGACCCUCACUAUGAUCCUAUCGUGUCACUACCUCUUGUAGAAAUUCACACAAAUGAAGAGAACGAAGAGGAGUUGGUCAAGAUUCGCGCUAGGCUUUAUAGAUACGAUACUAGUGAUCAUGAAUGGAAGGAGCGAGGAACUGGGGAUAUUAAAUUGCUGAGACACAAAGCCAACAAUACUGUUAGAGUUGUUAUGAGACGAGAUAAGACACUGAAAGUAUGUGCCAAUCACUUCAUAACUCCAGACAUCCGAAUGAACGUUCACUGUGGAUCUGAUAAAGCUUUUAAUUGGUCAGUGUUCGCUGAUUAUGCAGAUGAAACAUGCAAACAGGAAUUACUUGCAAUUAAGUUUGGGAAUCCUCAGAAUGCAGAACUAUGGAAGGCCAAAUUUGCUGAAGCCCAAGAAAUAGUGAGAACAAAAUGUAGUCUGUAUACCCAAGACCAAUCAUCAGAUGAUGAUGAGAGCAGUAUCACUAGAAGCGAAGACACAGACACUCCGGAGCCCAAGAGUGUAGAUAAAAAUUCGGAAGAGGAAACUAAAAAAGAAGUUGUGGAUGUAAAAGAAGAUGGUGUAGUACUAAAGCUGAAGGAACUUAAAGUGGAUGGUGAUAAAACUGAA